AUUGUUUGGCACUGUGCAUAAUUUUAUUUUAUUUAUAUUCAGACCAACACAAGUAAAGUGGCAGCUGAUGGUUGCCAGUUGCUACAGGAGAACUGGUAACUACCAGAAAGCUCUUGAAAAAUACAAAGUCAUUCACAGAAAAUUCCCAGAGAAUGUUGAAUGCCUCCGAUUUUUAGUUCGUCUCUGCACAGAUAUGGGGCUAAAAGAAGUCCAGGAAUAUAUGACAAAGCUCAAGAAAGUGGAAAAAUUAAAAGAAAUAAGAGAGCAGCGCAUUAAAUCUGGCAGGGAUGGCAGUGCACGUAGCCGCAGAGAAGAAAAUGCUGGUGGUGAUAGUGGGGGUACCAAAGGGGAAAGACUGAGUGCCAAAAUAAAAGCUUUGCCUGGAGCAAGUGAACCCUAUGAAAGCAACAGCAGUAAAGAAAUAGAUGCCUCCUACAUAGAUCCACUUGGCCCACAAGCAGAAAGACCAAAAACUGCAGCAAGAAAAAGAACUGAGGAAGAUGACUUUGCUGAUGAAGAACUAGGAGAGGAUUUGCUUCCAGAAUAGCAUAUGAUCCGUUCAUAACUUUUUCUGCUUUUAAAACUUUUAGCAGAAAAACAUUAAUCCAUGAUGAUUUUUGUUGUAGAUUUUGAUAAAAUAUUUGU